AUGGUCCGCGCCUUCCCUUCCCAUGUGAACUGCACAAGAGUCCUCUUGGAUUCGGGUCAAUCCUAUGACGAUGUGAGCGACUACGAUUCAGAGGCUACGUCAUCAAAUGAUUCUAUACCUACAAUAACAUUAAGCAAUGGAGUGGAAAUGCCUCUUCUUGGCUUAGGUAAGCAAACUCGAGCUCAUUACUAUGAGCAAGGA